AUGACGACAGCUGCCUCGUCAAGUUCGGCGGUGGUCAUUGAGAAAAAGAAUCUCAUCAUGUACGUCGGUAACCGCGUGAGGGUGACACUGGAUGACUCGAGUGUCUUGAGCGGCCGCCUCGUUUCGCUGAGCAGCUGCGGCAAUCUCAUCCUGACAGAUGUGGAGCGUCAGCGUCUUCUCAAACGUCGCCGCAAUCGCGACGGGGUGCAUGAGACUAGCCGUGAGUGCUAUGCCGCAGUUCUCUUUGUGCGCGGCAGCGCUGUGGUCUCAGUUGGUUACGAUAGUGGUAUUACUACGGAUAAAUCGGUGAUUGAUCAUAUCGGGGGACGGGACGCGACUAGCUCGCGCAUGGUGCAGCUCGCCAACGCCACCCCGUCGGCGCGGUGA